AUGUUCUGGAGAAAUGUCUUGUGGCCGUUCGAUGGCACUCUCAAAGACACUGACGAUGAUGGUUUUUUACUCACAGCUGAGCACGCUGUCCCCUUCUGCAUCAAUCCGACAGUGUCUUCAGAGCCUGGAAGCCAAGUGGAGCCCAGUCUGGUGUCAAAUGAUGGACGCAGUGCACCCAAGGAGCAAGCUAACACCUGCAACACCUCCACAAGGGUCAAUGCUAAUGUCAGCUCCAGCUCCAACCCUGGCAGAACAGACAGCAGCCAGCUCAAGAUGGUCAUCGCCCGUGGCCCAGAUGGGUUUGGCUUCACCAUCUUCUCGGACUGCCCAGUGCGCGUGCAGGACGUGGACUCAGGAGGCCCCGCCCACUCGGCAGGCCUACGUCAUGGUGAUGCUGUGCUCCAGUUAAAUGGGGUCUCCGUGGAAACGUGGGGAUGUGGUCAGCUUGCACAUGCCAUCAGGUGCUGCCCCGCCCACAUCUCGCUGGUCAUCUGGAGACCUGCUGCUGAAACCACACCCACACCAUGGCCUCGCCCACCACUUCAACAGAGUGAGGUGACAAAGAGUCUGGAGCAGUCUGGAGCAGAAAACAGGAGGAGAGGUCAGAGGUCAUUGUGGAGGCGGAGCCAAGACAAGGGGGUGGAGCCUAAUCCCACUGUCAGAGAAGAGCCCGCCCUGAGAAGACCUGUGCUGAGUGGAUUUGGAGGGGAGGAUUACAUCCUUCUGUCCUCCAUGGAGCAGAACCUGAGCGCAGGCCGGGCCACCACCAUAGGUCGCUGGUACCACCCCCCUCCCUCCACACGCCCCUCAUACUCCUCUGCCACACUGCCCCCUCUGCUGGCUAAGACUCUAGGUUGCUAUGGCGACUACGAGAACUGCACCAUCGUUCAAUCCCACCUUUGUGACGACUUUGGCUCCAUCGCUCCCAAAACUCUCAUCUUCCCAAUACACCUCAAGCCUAUAGAUCUGUGCAGCCCUAACAGAACUCUUCUAAUGUCUGAAGACCUGAUCCUGCACCAGCCAGACCUGCUGCCUGCCAAGGUGACGGUUAUGGUGUACACCGAUCUUCUGCUCUUCACUAAAGAGGAUGAGAUUGGCCGAUACAAUAUCCUGCAGAGCCCCGUGUACCUAGACACCGUGUCAUUCAUCGAAGUCAGCUCAAAGCCUCUGCACCUGUUCUUCCUGAGAACGGCUCAUGGUUCUGUUCAGUUUAGCCUGGAAGCAUACAGUCUCCAGCAGAAGCACCGCCUCAGCAUCUGUCUCCAUGACAAUAUGCAUCAUCUGGUUUCCAUGGAGACACAGCGCCUCUCCCUCCAUGACAACAGCCCAACUUCACCGGAGUGCAAACAGACGAGAGACCAGCCCUCGGAGUUGCUGGCCCCGCCUCCUGCCCCGGUCUCCGCCCUGUGCAGUCCAGUGUGGAAGCCACGGAGCACAGAGUACCACGAGCCAGGCCAAGAGAGAACUCCUGAUGCUGUAGAGCCAGUGCCUGUCUACUCAGAGCCAGAGGACACUUAUGAGAAACAGCUCAGGCGGGGAUCAGACAGCCCCUCAGGCCUGACCCGUUCUCUUUCUGAGGGCUCACUGCUCCAUGAGCCUCGGUCCCCUCACCUCCUGUCCCACAGUCCUGUCCUGACGUGGCCCCUCAGAGCCAGCCUGGGCCCUGAGAGUUCUGGUGUGCCUCAGCCGUCUGUGCUCACCCUGAAGAAGCACCUGACUGAGGGAGGCAGUCUGCACAGGGCUCUGGAGCUGCUCUAUGGCACUAAGGCUCUGGAGGCAGGACCCGGGCCACUCAAAAAGAGGAACAAGAAUUUGGUGAGCCUGGCCUUUCUCCAGCGAAGGAAAAACAGCAGCUUCUUCAGCAGCAACAGUCUGGAGAAGGCCCUGCGGAACAACAGACCAGCCACAGAACAGGUCCAAAGGUGGGCGGAGUCCCUGGAGGCUCUUCUGACCAAUCAGUAUGGUCUGGCGGUCUUCCGACAUUUUCUGCGCUCAGAGUUCAGUGAGGAGAACCUUGACUUCUGGUUAGCUGUGGAGAAGUUCAAGAGAACAUGCCCUCAGAAGAUGGUCUCCAAGGCAACCAGGAUUUACAAUGAGUUUAUUUCCUGCAACGCCACACGACAGGUCAACAUCGACUCCACGGUGCGAGAGCUGACCAAUCAAAGGCUUUCUCUUCGGCUUAGCCCCUCCUCUUUUCAGCUGGCCCAGGAUCAGAUAUACAACCUUAUGUUGACAGACAGCUACCCACGCUUCUUGAAGUCGCGCCUUUACACCCAAUUAGCCAAUCAAAACCUACGACAGAGCCAAAAACUGCUGUGACUGCAAAUGUGUCACUGAACAUUUUCUUCUCAAGGGCUGAUCAAGAAAAAGAAUUAACCUUUCAGAACUAUUAACAUCUGAAUCUAUAUACCAUAUGUGUAACCUGUUUAUAUUUCUAGUAGUAAUCAAACUUUAUUUUGUUGCAUAGUAUCAGAGCACAGUGUACAAUUCCUGGAUGUGCACUUGUGAAGUCUGCAUGUUCAUGUGCUCAUUAUAAAUGUGAUUUGGAUGCUGGAUACCUGGAACCUGGAGUCCCUCAACCUCUGUGGCCCCUCCAUGACCCCUCUACACACCCCAAGAGCCGGUCUAGGCCCUGUUCACACUCUGGGAGAAAGUCUGGGCCUGUUCACACUCCCGGAGCACUUCAGGGCCUGUUCACACCCCUGGAACCCUGGUUCACUGGUACUAUAAAGCUGAGGCCCUUUUCAUUAGGGAAGAUCAUGAUGACAUGGUCUGAUCUUAACCUUCUCCAGUUGAGAAUACAAAAUAGUACAAAUAGUUGGUACCCCUCUGGCAAUGAAAGAAAAAUCAACAAUCAUCACUGAAAUACAUUGAAUCUGAUAAAAACAAUAAACACUAAAAAAUUACUGAAAAUGGUUCUACAUAAAUCAAACUUUGCUUUUCACCUGUGGUUCAACAGAAUCAUUAAAGGCAUUUAAUUAAUCAAAUUUUACUUAUUGAGCACAAUACGUGGAAAUCAGAACUCCCUUGGUGAGCUACUUGGAAAGGGGUGGAGAGCUACUGGUAGAUCCCGAGCUACAGGUUGGAGACCCCUGCAGUAGGGACAGUGUUCUUUUCUUGGUCUGCUUCAUUUUUGCGUCUGUGAACAUAGAGCUGAUGUGUCUUGCCAAAGAGCUCCAGUUUUGUCUCAUCUGUCCAAAGGACAUUCUCCCAGAGGCUUUGUGGUUUCAUUCUUGUUAAUUCCAGUCUCACUUUUUUAUGAUUUGCUCUCAGCAGUGGUGUCCUCUCAUGAAGUCACUUUGGCUCAAACACUGAUGGAUGGUGUGAUCUGACACUCAUGUA